GGCGAGCCGGGUCCUUCCCGCCGUGUCGCUCCGGCCCCUGAUCCCGGCUCCCGGGCCUGCACCUUCGCCCUCGUGCACGGGUGGCCAGGCCCGCGGACCUUCGCCCGGCCAGCCCGGCCUGCAGACGUGGCACAGGCUGCCCACUGCCCAGGCCACUCGUCCCGGUGGGAUGCAGCGUCUGCUCCUGGGAUCCCCGCGAGUGUCCAGCGCCGUCCUGCAGGGCCCGUCACCCCGGACCCGCUUCGGCCAGCUUUGCAGGAUUGCUUACUUCCUAAAUGGCAGGAUCUCACGUCCAAGAGUUCCUGUCACAGUAGUUUAUUUGGGAGGCAGCUUUGACGCGAUCCUGACACUUUUUGGCACUCCAGUGCUGUUCAGCUUCUAACCCCUGAGCCCCACCAUCGCAUUUCAUAAAGCUGCUGUGGACCAGGAGGCUGGAAGGCCACCGUAACUGAGGGAAGAUGAUGGAAGAAAGUGGAAUAGAGACCACUCCACCUGGAACCCCUCCCCUGAACCCUGCCGUCCUGGCCGCCACCAUGCCCUCCACUGAGGUUCACUUAGCUGCAACCAGUUCCUUCUCAUCUCCCAAUGUGUCUGGGAUGGAGUCCCUGACACCACAUGCCUAUUCCACGCCUCAGCCAUCCCUGCCCCCUGUGCAGCCGUCAGCACCCCCUCCUUUUGUGCCGCUGUCUACAGCUCCGUCGGCUCCCCUGAGUGGCACUUCUGUGCCACCCUCCGUGUCUCCGUCCCCUGCCAUGGCCUUCAGCAGCCCGCCUUUAUCCUCCUUCCCACCUGCGACUUCUGCCUCUGGUGCGCUUUUAUCUGCGCCCCCUUCGGGUCCUCCUAUAUCAGGAUUUUCUGUCGGUACCGCUUACGACAUCACAAGGGGCCAUGCCGGGAGAGCGCCCCAGACACCGCUGAUGCCGUCCUUCUCCGCACCCCCAGUCACAGGUAUUCUGCCAGCCCCUAUUACUCAGCAAGCCAGUAUGACAUCUCUGGCACCGGGACCUGGAACCACAUCAGCCAUUACUUUCCCCGAGGAGCAGGAAGAUCCUAGAAUUAUUAGAGGCCAGGAUGAGGCACCUGCCGGGGGAAUCUGGGGCUUUAUCAAGGGCGUUGCUGGGAAUCCUAUGGUGAGAUCUGUGCUUGAUAAGACCAAGCAUUCGGUCGAGAGCAUGAUCACGACGCUGGACCCCGGCAUGGCUCCCUACAUCAAAUCUGGAGGUGAAUUGGAUAUUGUUGUAACCUCAAAUAAAGAAGUGAAAGUGGCUGCUGUCCGGGAUGCCUUCCAGGAAGUCUUUGGCUUAGCUGUGGUUGUGGGGGAAGCUGGACAGUCCAAUAUCGCUCCACAGCCAGUAGGCUAUGCAGCUGGACUAAAGGGCGCCCAGGAACGCAUAGACAGCCUGCGGAGGUCCGGCGCAAUCCACGAGAAGCAGACUGCUGUGUCAGUGGAAAACUUCAUCGCUGAGCUGCUGCCCGACAAGUGGUUUGACAUCGGCUGCUUGGUGGUUGAAGACCCGGUGCAUGGCAUCCGCCUGGAAGCCUUUACUCAAGCCACACCGGUGCCUUUGGAGUUUGUGCAGCAGGCACAAAGCCUGACUCCCCAGGACUACAAUCUGAGGUGGUCAGGCCUUUUGGUGACAGUGGGGGAAGUCCUGGAAAAGAGCUUGGUAAACGUCAGCCGGACUGAUUGGCACCUUGCUUUCACUGGCAUGUCUCGCCGACAGAUGAUCUACAGCGCGGCCAAGGCUCUGGCGGGCAUGUAUAAGCAGCGCCUGCCACCCAGGCCCAUGUGAGACCAGCUGCUGGGAAAUGGAGACCUGCCAUCACCCUUGGCUGUGUGCUAGUGGAGACUGGAUAGUUCCAGAGAAUCCAACAGUUUUUACAAUUGUCCUUUUAAAAGAAUAAACAAUUAAAUAAAGGCACAGUGUCAUUCCAGUAAAACAGAAGAAGUAGAUCCUCUUUUCACUGUCAUGAUUUCAUACGUUCUAGUUCCCCCAAAAUAUAUACAUAUAUUUACAGCACAAUUCAGUAUACCAAAUUUAUAACGCGGAAACCAUGUUCACAAAUGGAUGAUUGUUCUUGGCUCUUCUGGUUUCUUAAGAACAUGUCUGUGUUACCUGCCCUGUUAACCCUGUUGUCAUCUGUGUGUGCACAUGAUCUCAGGUUUGGCGGUGAGCAGUGCACAUGCUCAGCAAUGGACCUGACAUGCUUGCUGGGGCAUGGGGGUUGUGCGCAUUUCCUUGUGUUUUAUAAAAUAUGGGCCAAAUUAACAGAAUGGAUAGUUUUUGUCAUUAUGUAUGUAUAGUUUAGAAGUUAGACUGGUUUCCUUUUUGUUUUAAACUUUGGCAUUUUGCAGAUCCAUAACUAUGAACAUCAGAAAAUAAUGUUUUAUUUUUCUUCAUUGCUAUGUGAGAACUAAAGGGCAGAUCAUCCAAAUCUAUUUUAGAUAAGAUAUGUAUUUGUGAUUUUAUUGUUGUUGUUGUUGAGAUUUUUUUUUAAAAAAAAUUGUGUAUUGAUGUUUUACUUGUAUGUCUAUAUACCAUGUGCACAGUGACCAGGGAGGCCAGAAGAGGGCAUCAGACCCUGAAACUGGAGUCACAGAUGGUUGUGAGCAACCAUAUCGGUGCUGGGAAUCGAACCUGGUUCUUCUAGAAGAGCAAUCAAUGUUCUUAACCCCUGAACCAUCUCUCCAGCCUUUGUGUCAUUUGUGGAAAUUGGCACUUCCACAAAUCGGCUGUCAUGACAGCUGUUCCUCCUGCAUCUACUCACUGUCUCCAGACUCUAAGAGGGGAUCCCCUUCUCUUGGGAUGGUAUGUGUUUUCUUUAGUGAAAGUUCCCUUUUUUAUUAUUUGAGAAGUUCAUGCAGUGUGUUCUGAUAACACUUGUCUCCCUCCCCUUCCCCUCCAUGCUCCCCUUCUUGUCCUCUUUACCGAGUCCAGUUUGUACUGCCCAAAUAGGUGUUAGGCUGUCAACCAGUUGACCUAUGAGGGACUACACCCUUGAAAACUGACUAUCCCUCAGAACCCAUCAACUGCCAAUAGCUCCCCAGUUUGGGGGCGGGACUCAUGGGCUCACUCCUGUUUGAUGUUGAUCAACUGGAUCUUGUGUAUAUCUAAGGUUGUUUCCUGGUUUGCCUUAAGCACAGCUUGACUUUUCUAACUGUGCCCUUCUGCCUUUAUUUCUUAUGGAUGUUUUCAAGGGAAUGAUUUUAUAUCCGAUAUAGUUUAUUUAAUCCAUUGCAUUUAACGAAUGCUUUUUUUUCUCCCUGAAAUAAUAUAUUUUACCAUUUGGGGAUUUACAUAAGUCAAAAUUAAGUAAAAAAUUUUCUUACACAGUUUAAACUCUAUAUAUGCAAUUCAGAUAUCUUCGUGAAGAUAAUUUGGUACUGAAAUGUAAUUUAACUUUCUUUUCCUUGUUGAUACAGUUCUGUAGAUGCCAGAGUUAGUCGACUCUACACUCAUCCUCUGUCCUUCCAUGUACAGUGUGCUGUGCCAUAGUGCUUUCCAGUAAUGACAUGAUUUCUCAUACUUUUCCAGAAGGAGAAUUAUUACUUUUGAGGUGGGUGUUUGUUAAUCCCCAAGUACUGUGUGCGGUGCUUAGUUAGACAGGAAGGAAGUCUGUGGCCGUGGUGAUGUGCCUGGCCAGAGUAAAUCGGCCACAGUGCCUCUCAAUGCUUCUUCGUGCACAAGAAGCAGGGGUCUUUCUUUACCACUUGCUGCUGUGCUGUUUUUAAGAGCUGUCCUUUGGGUCGGGGGAUCUAGGCCAUGAUGGAACACUAGCUGAUGUCAGGCCCUAGGGUCAAUCCCUGGAAAACACACACACACACACACCAGGGGGAACUGUCUUGUCUAGCAGCAUUUGAUGGGGUGUUGCCUGGGUAAUAGUAUUUUAUUAUACUCCAAAGGCAAGUUUUACAGACCUUGAAGGUACCCUGUUUUUCCCUUGUCUGGUUGAGUCUGCAUUACCUUAGUUACUGUUUCAGAGGGUCGUUCCAGUAGAAUCACUGGGGUCACUGACAUCUCAUUGGGUGAUGGUUUCCUUGAGUCCUAAUUAACAGUGGCAGACAUGCCAUGGUUUGGCUGAAACUGGAUAAUUGUCGUUACCUAGUCUGCCUACUGUGAGGAAGGGAGGAGGAGGAGUGACGGGCUGAUGGAAGAGAGAACUAUUUGAUCCAGUCUGAUCUCUCUGUAGACAGGUUAUCUGGCCUAGAAUUCUCUCUGGAGGAUGUCAGAGCAGGCUGACUCUACCGGCUUGUUUCCCUGACCCUUGUCUUCUGAGGACCCCUGCUCAAUCUGCCUGGUGACAUUUAGGCCUGAGCAGUCCAAAACCCCGGUUUCCUUCCCGGCCCUUCUGUUCCUGUGCCCUUUUCUCCUGCCUGUUUUUGUGUCCCUCCACGCUGGCAUUUUUAGUGAGUUUGUGGUGGUGGUUGUAUUUAUCAGUAGGAAAAUAAAAUUUAAGAUCAGCCUUACGAGACUGUUCAACUAUUUAGUUCCAAGGAUUCAGUUUUGGUUGCUUUCCUUGUUUUCCCCUAGCUUGGUUUAUUUGUAACAAUGCUAGGCAGAGCCUCAUUUACUCUGGGCAAGCGUUCUCCUGAAGGGCCACAGCCCCAGGUCCCUCCUCAGAUUUGAGACUACUCUGGACAGAAGAAACUGUAUCAAGGACUUCUGAAGUUGGAAACAUUUUAGAAGCUGGAAGUUCUUUCUACUGAUUUCUGUGUUGUUUUUCAUUCUUCCUUCCUCAAUCUUUAGAGAGAAGAUGCUGCCAUCUUAAGUGUAGGCAGGUAAGAAAACAAAUGAAAGCACACACUACACCUGUUCUGAAUUAUGCAAAUUAGCAGUUACUCAGGGUCAACUCAAUACUUCAGCCUGCCCUUUAGUUUGCUCUUGCUAUUUGGCAAAAAAGAAGAAAAAAAUCAAAACUAUACUAAAACUAAGGUCAGUGAUUUGUGAAGCCAAAUUGAUAAUCUGUUGUAAAAGUUGUUGAGUUAAACAUAAAUUAUUAUGAAAUGUAGAUUUUUUUCCCUAGGAUAUUGUAUUCAUUUUGUGAUAUUAUGUAGAGUGAUAUAUUGGAUAAAAUCAAUUUUGUAAGUAUGUAAAUAUGUCAAAAAUAAAUACUUUGACUUCUCAAA